AUGCGAAACGGAGGGAUUAUAAUGCUCUGCACAAGCCCAGAACAGACCCUCGUGGCCCGGCGCCUUGACGCCGCCAAUGGAAAUUCAGAGGGGACACUGGUGGCGUGGGCCACGGGUCCGCGCAAGAGCGAGGCCUACUGGCGCGUGCACCGGAGAGCCGGUCAGGGGGUCGGUGAAGAGGACUGCAGCUUCCGCGUCCACCGCGUCAGGUCACGAGGUCUGGUGAGACUCGAGUCGGUCGUCCAUCCCGGUCUCAUGUUGUACAUCCUCGCCAACGGCUUUGUCACGGCUGCAAGCAGUCUCACCGGCAAGAACACCGUCUUUUACCCCAUGAUUGUCGAAUUUGGAACGCGAAAGACCACUACACAGACGUCUACGCCGCAUUCACUGGACGCAGACGAGCCCACAACUGCGCCAGACACCCCGACUAGUGUGAACGGAAGUCGAAGAAGCGAAGAUUCAAAAGACGACGAAGCAUCAGAGACUUCGGGACCGCGGAAAAGUCCUCUUCGUCGAGGUGGCACAAUCAACAAGAAGCUGGACAAAGAAUCGGACUGGAAGGUGAAACUGCACACAUCAGAGUCUGCCUACAACUCCCUCGUUGUUCUCGUUGUCUACGGUGCUCGCGGUGACUCUGGACCGAUUAUUCUUGGAUCCUCAGACGGUGAAAAUGCACUAUUCCGUGCUGGAAACAUUGACGAGUUCAAGGCAAGCAUUAUCAACUUGGCCGACAUCGGUCCACUUUUCAAGAUACGACUGGAAGUUAGUCCGGUGAAUGAAUCCAAACUGCCCUACUGGGGACUCUACCUGGUAAUCUUUGAAAAUAUGGUCACCCACGCUAGCGUCAUGUUCGACUUUACCAAUCGGCCAUUUAUGCGAACCUAUAGCAAUUGUCAACUGAGUAGAGAGCAAGUAGUUUGUGGAAAGGAGCCUGAUCAACAGGUGAGGGCGCGUCUCCCUUUGGAGGUGUUAAGUCCCGAUGAACUUGACCCGAGCGUUGGACUGGUGGUCUACAGCGUGAAGCUCCGUUUGGCGUUAAGUGAUGAAACGGUGACACCGAGCGACAUCAGAGGGUUCUACAGUGGGCCAAAAAUUUCUCUUCUUGGACACUAUGGUGGCACGGGUCGGCGAACGGUUGGCCUCAACAACUCCGAACCCAGUGAAGGGAAUGGAGAUCUAAAAGUCUACGUUUGUCGGCUGGAGGCAGUUUACCUGGGUCCCCUUGAGAGGUGCACUAUCGGACCGGUGGCAGAACCCGGUGGGCAUGGAAACCUGUGCGAAUCAAUCGAUGUGCUCGACCCUCUCACUAACUCCCAAUACCGCUUUCCAGCUCACGUAUGGAUCGGAACUGAAUGGGGCUGUGGCGCGCGAGAGGUCUCUCUACAGCCUGAGGAUCACAAUGUAACUGAGGAUUUCAAGGGAUACAACCGCUGCCAGGGAUACGCUCACGACGCCCCAAUAGUCCCUGGCGAUCUUGAGAAUACCUUCCUCCGCCCCGCGCUACCUCGUCUAGAAACACCGGCCUCGUGA